AUUGUUAGGAUUUUUGGUAAUGAAGAAGUAAGAAAGAAACAGUUGAAAGUUUUAAAACCAAUCAUGGGAUUCACGUCUCUCUAUAACCUCUCAUUCUUUUCAUUUCUCAUCAACUUAUAACUUAAUUAGCUGCGGUGCUGACUCACGUUCUCUUUCAUCUCCACCAAUAUAUACAUACAUACAUACAUACAUAUACACACAAACACAUUUGUGGAUUAAUUUGUCAAGUAUGAAACUGGAAGAUUUAUUGAUGCAGCCACGUGAGGAUAAACGAACUAAACUUCAACUCCAACAACAGGUUGAAGGAUUGGAGGAAGAGUUGGAAGAGGAGCUUCAAGUGAAAAGGGUUCUCAAAUGCGCAAUGAAGGGACCAAUUGGCUGCUGCGGAUCAUGUUCUUCUCUAACUCCAUUGCUCCCAUUCAAGGUUCAAAUGCUAUUAGGAGAAGUAGCAGUAGUGGAAGAAGAGAUAGAUUGGUUAGAGAGAAAGAUCAAUGAACUCAAGUUAGAUAUAUACCAAGAGAAGAAACAUAUCAAAGAAUGGGAAAUACUCCAAUUCAAAGGAUUAUUACAUUUACACCAACAACAACAUUGUGAUCAACAACAAAUCCAAAAGCUACGAUCUCGACGACCAACUCAAAUCGAAGAAAACAAUUAUACUGAAACACCAUUACUUUCAACAUCACAUAACAACAAACAAAGGAGAUACCGAUUUUCAAGACAAAGAAGAUCCUCUUUCAGUUCCUCCAUCGAACUCGAAUACAUUGGAGAAACCGAAGAGGAAAUUGAAAAAUCGAGAUGGUCUGAAAGUAAAGUUGUGGAGCCGAAUAAGAUCUCGGUAGAACUUAUAAAGUGCUUGAUAGGCAUAUUUGUGAAACUUAACCAAACAACACUUGUAAACACAAAGGAAACAAGGAUAUCAAAAGCCACUACAUUCAGCGGUUGCACGACGCCCGUUGUAUUAUUUCCAUUCAAUAAUCACAAUAGUGAAUCAUCAUCUCAUGAUAUUGAUCCAUACGAAAUAUUGCCUGAAUUACCUGAUGUAAUUAACAACAGAGAUGUGGGACCAUACAAGAAUUUCAUACAAAUCACGACAAGUACAUUGGAUCCAACCCGUCUUUCGGAAUGUUUACCAGCAAUGCGCAGACUCAGGGUUUUGAUGCAGAAACUCAGCAAAAUAAACAUAAAUUGUUUUUCACACAAGCAGAAAUUGGCAUUCUGGAUCAAUGUUUAUAAUGCCUCAAUAAUGAAUGCAUUUCUGAAACAGGGACUACCGUCCGCGCCGGAGAAAGUACAAGCACUUGUGAACAAGGCAGCCAUAAAUGUUGGUGGUUUAAUAUUUAAGGCGUCAACUAUCGAAAACUUGAUCCUCCGCCAUCCAACUGAAGUCAAACAAUUUAAAGUACAGGAGACGAGUAGAGAAGAGAAGGAGAUGCUUAUAAGGCGCAAUACUAGUGGUCUCGACUAUCCGGAACCCAAUGUUGCCUUUGCUCUAUGCAGAGGCACCUGGUCUUCCCCAGCAUUGAGGUUCUAUACGGCGGAUGAAGUGAUGAAUGAGCUAGAGAGAGCAAAAGUAGAGUAUUUGGAAGCUGCAGUCGGAAUAGUUACAACGAGAAAGAAGAUUUUGGUGCCGAAGUUGAUGCAAUUGCACAUGAAAGACUUUGCGGACGACAUGGAAUCUCUUGUGGAAUGGAUAUACAGCCAACUGCCUUACAACAACUCUUUGAAAAGGUUGAUGAUACAAUGCCUCAACGGAGGAGAUAAUAUUACUAAUUAUGAAUCUUCGUCGUCGUCAUCGCUAAAUAGAAUUGAAAUCCAGCCUUAUGCCUCUGAUUUUCGCUACUUGAUUCCCGUAUAAUAUUCUUUUUAAUCAGAACGUGACAUCUUAUAUUU